CAGGUGGCUUUUUGAAUGCAAACGAAGCCAAACGAACGGUCGGCCAGCGUGUUCGUCCAGCUUCGUUUCGCAGAUUGUUCUUCACUGUUCACAUUGCCCCAUUCCCAUUACCGGCGCGGCGUUGAACGAAACACGCAGCUGCGGAUUGUUUAUACCACACCAUACAGUGUUGGUGUUGCAGCCAGGCAGCCACUUUUAGAUUCUGAGAUGGCAGACGAUGGCUGUGUCCAUCUCAAGGAGUACAAAAGUGUGAAAGGAUUCAGGACGUAUCGAUUGAUUCACGCGUAUUUUGUUUCUUGCACAUCAGCUGAGGCUCGCCGACGCAAGGCGGACUCUUGCAUUUGCUCAAUAUGCAACAAACGCGGCCCGCGUUUGCACAUCUGCCUGCACUGCAUUUACUUUGGCUGCUACUCAGGCCACAUCCAGGAGCACGCUCGCAGGAAGCAGCAUCUGCUCGCUCUGGACAUCAGCCACGGGAGGAUCAUGUGUUUCGCCUGCGAGGACUACGUUUAUGACUCGGAUUACGAAAACCAGGCGUGCGAAAUUAAGGAGAUUUCCAACCGGAACUUAGGUCUGCCUCACCAGUACAAAUCCUGGGAACCGAGCCUGAUCGAGCAGGAGCUGCUCCUGGAGCACCCUAGGCGGAAGAGGAUUACUCACGACUCGACUAUAGGACUGAGGGGGCUGAUCAACCUGGGAAACACCUGUUUCAUGAACUGCAUCGUGCAAGCACUCACGCACACCCCUCUCCUUCGAGAUUACUUCCUCUCCGACAGACACGUGUGCCAAUUCUCUGACAGGCCUGACCACUGCCUCGUCUGCGAAGUCGCAAGGCUAUUUCAGGAGUUUUAUUCGGGAAGUCAGGAAGCGCUCACUCUGAAUCGACUGCUUCACUUGAUCUGGACUCAUGCCAGGCACUUGGCUGGCUAUGAGCAACAAGAUGCUCAUGAAUUUUUUAUCGCCACCUUGGACGUUUUGCACAGACACUGCACAGGAGCAAACGCCAACGGCGGCGACUCCAACUCGCACCAGUGCAACUGCAUCAUAGACCAGAUUUUCACUGGCGGACUGCAAUCUGAUGUAGUGUGCACUUCAUGCAGUGGUGUCUCCACCACCAUUGAUCCAUUUUGGGACAUAUCUCUCGAUUUGGGGACAACUCCUGCAACUGGAGACACUUCCAAGGUCCCGAAAUCCCUGUUAGAUUGUUUAGAGCGAUUUACCAGGCCAGAACAUCUGGGCUCGUCUGCCAAAAUCAAAUGCAGUUCCUGCCAGAGCUACCAGGAAAGCACAAAGCAGCUCACCAUGAAGAAGCUGCCUGUUGUUGCUAGCUUCCAUCUCAAGCGUUUCGAACACUCCUCAAGAUUCCACAAGAAAAUAUCCUCAUUCAUUAGUUUCCCUGAACACUUGGACAUGACACCGUUCAUGUCGCACAGAAGAAACAACAACAAUAACAACUCAGACUCGGCUGCCAGCUCUGGAGCUGACGAACCGUACAUCAAUGACAACAGAUACUCCUUAUUUGCUGUGAUAAAUCACGUUGGUACACUGGAGGCUGGACACUACACUGCCUACAUCAGACAGCAUCGGGACAACUGGUUCAAGUGUGAUGAUCACAUUAUAACUAAGGCUAACAUCAAAGACGUCUUGAAUAGCGAAGGGUACCUGCUUUUUUACCACAAGCAGUUUCUGGAGUAUGAGUAGAAGUGGAGCUUGAUUGCUGGAAACGCGUCUCGGGAAUUUCAUUGAUCUUCGUUAGCUAGCAGUUAUAGGUGUAAAUAACAAGUAUUUACGCCAGCUUUCUUCAUAAACCCCUGGCUGAGAGGAAGCGUGAGAGAUUGGUUAUGCUUAUUGUUGAUCCACACAUUUCCAACCAAUGUAUUCCUAAAAACAAUUAGUUGCAUAGAACCGGGGUGUCAAUCGCCUGUGGCCACCCCUUAGCGUAGCAGAAAUCAAACAGUUUGUGUCCUUGACGGCGAAAUGUGACCACCGAAUUCCUUUCUAGUGAGAUUGUUCAGUUUAAACACCGCCAAACGAUUAUCGCAGAUGGUAUUUUAUACACCGCUUGACAAACUUCCGUUGUUUAGUUUCCUAUUGGGGCCAGCUUCAAAAGAGUCAACAUUUAUUAUCUGUCAACCCAUUGUUUCAUGUUGUCUGAGCAGUCGCUGCCAAAUCCUUUGCUUAUCAGUGCUCUUGGCGAAAUAUAGCUUGUAAGUAUCCCUUGUUUACUUUUUAAAGAAUGGAGAAAUAAUAACGUGGGUCCCGGUGCCGGUUGGGCUGAUUAAAAAGAAAUCAAGGUUUUGUAUAAAUAUUUGAUCCAUUGCGUCAGGCAGACAACUCGUUCUAUUUGCAUAACAAUUGUAAUUGUUUAAUGCUACUAGAACUAGACACUUAUUUCCUUUCAUUGCAUUUACACAGAUGUGUGCAAUAUACAAUUUUUAAGACAGUGUUUGGUAGUUUACUUUUUCAAUAGAGCUGGAAGAUUUUUACCUCUUUUCGAUUUGUGUCACAUUAACCUGCUGUUCUGUGAUAGAAUUACUCUACAUCUCUGAGAUCAAUCUCAAGAAAUCAUUAUUUCUUACAUUCUUAGUUGAAAUGUGUGCUUUUCACCGAUGUGCCGAUAUUUGGCAACCACACUGUUAGGUGUUGAUUGUUUUUCAUUAAAUCUUUUCAAUGUUGGAAAAGGUUCUAGAUGAAGUGCAUACAUUACCAAUUAACCAAUUGGCAACUCUUGAACACAAAAUUUAGCCGCUUUGCCCUCUUUCAGUUUUCGCAUCGAUUGUUUUUAACGAAAAUAAUCUUGUCUGACUUCAGAGUUUUACUGAGAAUUUACGGGUGUCCGCUUAGGUUAGGAAGUUGCCAAAA